GAAAGCGAGUGACUGAUUCUUUUCUUAAACAUAGGACACAGCAACUUUCCUUUCAGCUGGUUAUGCUCCAUUGUUUUAGCACAGCUUUGUUCCAAGCUUUGUUUGAUCCCUUCAAGUUUUAUCUUGAAGUCAUCUCAGAUACUCUCCUCUUCCGAACGUGUUAUCAAGUUCCCACGUGCUAAUGUUGGUAUGAAGUGAAGAACUGAAGCUGAAAGUUGCAUACUUUGGAGCUUUUUCUCAAAGUCAGGGUCCUCUUGGCAUCACGGGCAUGGGUAGAAUAUUGUUCCUCUUGGUUUUUGGCCUGUGGAUUCCCUUGAAAGUGGUGGGAAGAACAGGACCAUCAGCUACCACUAUGAAUUCUACUGUUUCUUCAAGACCAAAGGUUGUGAAAAUUGGAGCCUUGUUUACUUUUGAUUCGGUCAUUGGGAGAUCGGCUAAACCUGCAAUUAUGGCUGCUGUAAAUGAGGUUAAUUCGAGCAUGAGUAUUCUCCCUGGCAUUGAACUGCAAGUUAUUUUUCAUGAUUCAAAUUGCAGUGGAUUUCUUGGAACAAUGCAAGCUCUGCAGUUGAUGGAGAAUGAUGUGGUUGCUGUUGUUGGUCCCCUGUCAUCUGUAAUUGCUCAUAUCAUCUCUCAUGUUGUUAAUGAACUCCAUGUACCUCUUCUAUCGUUUGGAGCUACUGAUCCCACUCUAUCUUCUCUGCAAUACCCAUUUUUUGUCCGCACUACCCAGAAUGACUAUUAUCAGAUGUUUGCAAUUGCAGACUUUGUUGAUUAUUUCAGAUGGAGGGAGGUAAUUGCCAUUUUUGUGGAUGAUGAUAAUGGGAGGAAUGGAAUUUCUGCGUUGGGUGAUGCAUUGUCAAAGAAACGUGCCAAGAUCUCUUACAAGGUUGCUUUCCCUCCUGGUGCCACAGAAAGUGAUAUCAGUGACUUAUUAAAUGAAGUAAACUUAAUGGAAUCAAGGGUCUAUAUUGUGCAUGUUAAUCCUGAUUCUGGUCUAGCAAUUUUUACUAUAGCCAUGAAGCUAAGAAUGAUGGGCAAUGGUUAUGUUUGGAUUGCAACAGAUUGGCUUCCUUCAGUGCUGGAUUCAUUUGAGCAAGCUGACACUGACACGAUGGAUCUCUUACAAGGAGUUGUGGCAUUUUGUCAUCACAUUCCUGAUACUGAUCUCAAGAAGAGUUUUCUCUCCAAUUUGAACAGCAUAAAAGACAAGGAGACUAGAAGCUUCAAUUCUUAUGCAUUUUAUGCAUAUGAUUCUGUUUGGUUAGCAGCUCGUGCCCUUGAUGCUUUUCUCAAUGAAGGUGGAAAUAUAUCAUUCUCUAGUGACCCUAGGUUGCAUGACAUAAAUGCAAGCAUGUUGCAGUUAGCAUCUCUUCAUACCUUUGAUGGUGGCCAACAGUUUCUCCAGACAAUUUUGAGAACAAACUUCACUGGUGUGAGUGGUCAAAUUGAGUUUGACAUGGACAAGAAUUUAGUUCAUCCAGCAUAUGAUAUUCUAAAUGUUGGAGGCAGUGGAUCACGUAGAAUUGGUUAUUGGUCUAAUCACUCUGGUCUCUCAGUUAUAGCUCCUGAAAUUUUGUAUGGGAAAAAUUCAUCUAACACUUCUUCAAAGAGAAAUCAACAACUAUACAGUGUGAUAUGGCCUGGAGAGGCUACAACUACACCAAGGGGAUGGGUGUUUCCUAACAAUGGACGGCCACUUCGGAUAGCAGUGCCAAACCGAGUGAGCUACAAGGAGUUUGUUGCCAAAGACAAGAACCCUCCAGGGGCACAAGGCUAUUGCAUUGAUGUCUUUGAAGCAGCCUUAAACUUGUUGCCUUAUCCUGUCCCACGAGAAUAUAUAUUGUAUGGAAAUGGUGAAAGGAAUCCUAAGUAUGAUGAGCUUGUGGAAAAGGUUGCACAAAAUAACUUUGAUGCAGCUGUUGGGGAUGUUACAAUUGUCACAAAUAGGACAAGGAUUGUGGAUUUUACUCAACCUUUCAGUGAGUCAGGGCUUGUUGUUGUUGUUCCUGUCAAGGAGGUGAAGUCAAGCCCUUGGUCUUUCCUUGAACCAUUCACUGCUCAAAUGUGGUGUGUCACUGGGGCUUUUUUUCUUUUUGUGGGAACUGUUGUGUGGAUUCUUGAGCACAGGCUCAAUCAUGAGUUUCGUGGUCCACCGAGCAAGCAGCUCAUGACAGUGUUUUGGUUUAGUUUCUCAACAAUGUUUUUCUCACACAGAGAGAACACUGUGAGUACACUUGGGCGAUUGGUGCUAAUCAUAUGGCUCUUUGUGGUGUUAAUCAUAAAUUCAAGCUACACAGCUAGCUUGACAUCUAUCCUCACUGUGCAGCAAUUGUCUUCACAAAUUGAAGGAAUUGACAGCUUGAUCUCAGGUACUCAACCAAUUGGAAUUCAAGAUGGGUCAUUUGCAAGGAAGUAUCUGAUAGACGACCUCAAUAUAGCUGAAUCUAGGAUAGUUACAUUGAAAAAUAUGGAGGAAUAUAUUGAUGCCCUUCAACGUGGUCCAAAUGAUGGAGGGGUUGUGGCAGUUGUUGAUGAGCUUCCUUAUAUUGAGGUCUUGAUGUCCAGAACUGAUUGUAAGUUCAGAACUGUAGGGCGCGAGUUCACUAAGAGUGGCUGGGGAUUUGCAUUCCAGAGGGACUCUCCCCUUGCUGUUGACUUGUCAACAGCAAUUCUUCAACUUUCUGAAAGUGGGGACUUGCAAAAGAUUCAUGACAAAUGGCUUAAUAAAAAGGAGUGUACAACCAGUGAUGUUGAUUCAAGCAAACUAUCUCUUACAAGCUUCUGGGGCCUCUUUCUUGUGUGUGGCAUUGCAUGUAUCCUUGCCUUGAUUGUAUUCUUUGCCAGAGUGUGCUGUCAAUAUAACAAAUUCAACCCAGAAGCUGAGAAGAUUGAUGAGGAAAUUCAACCAGUGAGGUCUAGACGUUCAAGCAGAACUCCUAGCCUCAAGAACUUGAUUGGUUUUGUAGAUAAAAAGGAAGCUGAAAUCAAAGAAAUACUUAGGGAGAACAAAAAAAGGAGAAGAAGUCUAAGUUUGGAAAACCGUUCCAAUUCAUUACCCACUUAGGUAACCCUCUAAAUUUUAGUUGGUGCAUCCCUUUGUUUUUGUACAAAACUUGCGUGUAGAAUUAUAGGUCUUUUUAGUGCUGUUCAAUUAAGAUUGAAGUUUCACUUCAGUAAUGUAUCUCAAUCUUUAAUCCCAAACUUUACUGCAUGAUUACUAAGAAGAACUCAAUCUUAAUUAAACAACACCAAAAUGUAUUUAUGUUACUGUACUACGUUUUUCUCCUUUGGGCUACCAUAGUGGUACUGGUAGGGUUGGCACAAAUUUGUCUACCAGUGAAGGUAAAUUCCAUUUUAGCAUGGAAAUUGUGACAGCAAGAAUGUCACUGACACAGUAUUUUAUUUGUACCUCUGUUUAGAAAAAGCAUCCUAACCGUAAUUCCCAUCACUGUAUCUAUAAUUUGCCUAGCUUUUGGUGGUCCUCUUAUAGGGUGAGUUUCAUUAUAAGAAUAUAAAUAUAGGCAAAGGUUUCUUUCAAUAAUCAAGACCAUCAUGUUCAAUGUA